GUUUCAGAAGUUCCUCAAGACUUCGGUUGAAACAGAUUGCUUUAGUUAUGUCUGUGAAGGUGGAGUGUGUGGUGAAAGAUCGCUGCGAGAUCGGAGAAGGGCCUGUGUGGGAGGAAAAAAAACAAUCUUUGCUCUUUGUUGACAUAUCUGGAAAGAAGAUCCACAGUUGGAACCCAGCAACUAAUCAGAAAGACACUGUGAUCACAGAGAAGUUUGUUGGCUUUGCGGUCCCUCGGCAGUCUGGAUGUUAUUUGAUCGGAGAGGGGAGGCGUUUUGGAGCACUGGACUGGGAGUCGAAGUCCAUCUCCACCAUUGCUCUAAUUGAUGAAGACAAACCCAACAAUCGCUUCAAUGAUGGCAAGGUGGACCCAGCUGGACGACUCUUCGCAGGUACCAUGGCGAUGGAGGAACGUCCUGCGGUUCUAGAGCUGAAGCAGGGUUCUCUGUUCUCCCUGAACAAGGACCACAGUGUAGUAAAGCACUUUGAUCAGGUGGACCUCUCAAAUGGUCUGGAUUGGUCUCUGGACCACAAAACCUUUUACUACAUAGACAGCCUCACUUACUCUGUGGAGGCUUUCAACUAUGACAUUAACUCAGGGAGUAUCAGUAACCGCCGGAUGGUGUAUAAGAUGGAGGAGGGGGAGGGGAUUCCAGACGGCAUGUGUAUCGAUGCGGACGACAGACUCUGGGUUGCCUGCUACAAUGGAGGCAGAGUGAUAUGCGUCGACCCACAGAAAGGGGUGCGUUUGCGGACGGUAAAGCUUCCAGUGGAUAAGAUAACAUCAUGUUGUUUCGGGGGUAAAGAAUACUCUGAUCUGUAUGUGACCUCGGCGUGUAUGGGGAUGAGCGAGGCAGAAAUGGCCAAGCAACCUCAAGCAGGCAGCGUCUUUAAGAUUACAGGCCUGGGUGCAAAGGGCAUUCCUUCAAACCCGUUCUGUGGAUAAUUGACACAAUGGAAACAAUAAAACCAGCCUUUGUCAAUCAUUCCAUGAUGAUCAUCCUGAAUGACUUGAUGGCACAACUAACAAGGAUCACUGAGCAACCCUUCUCAUCUCACCCAUAACAUAAUGUGACUAUUAUUAAAAUGACUGAUUUACAGAAAAAGUCAACAGACCACAGUUAUAAUUUAAUGAACUAAUUAUAAAUUAGUCAGUCGCGCACAAGUAUCUUCAAUAUUAAGUAAAAUAAAUAAGCUACAAUUGU